CGCUCUCCUUGUAGUUGAGUUUUAGCAUCUCAUCCAACGUUGAGAUCAAUUUAAUAGAGAUACGUGUUGAACAACUGUCGCCUUCGCAGCCUCCCUGGUGAGCGAUCCAACUGAAAGGUGUACGGUGUCAAUCCUGUCAGACUAAGAAAAGAGAUAUCAGAAUUAUUAUUGUAUUCUUUUCUCCAAAGAAAGAAAUAUAAUAAUAUUGUUUACGUUUUGAUAACAUUUAAUUGGAAAAAAUAAUUUUCCUCAUUUGAAAAACAGAAAUUUUGCUUGUCAUUUGAAUUUGUUUUUCACCUCUGUCUCUCUUUUCCUCUUCCUCAUUAGAGUGACAAAGUCUUCGCAUCUCUAGUCUACUUAGACACCAUGAGACCAACACAGUCAUCACCACAUUUCACUAGUGGUUCACAAUCACUGAUACAACACUUCGUUGUCCCACCACACAUAGGCUUUUACUCCACACAGAUCUGUGUCAGUCUCUCUUCUCCCCAGCGUGCCAACAUGCCGCAGACUGCAGACCCCAUUUCCCAUGGGGAAGAUGUGAACAUUUGGCUGAGAGGCAUAACAGACAGCCUCACUCCAAAGACAUUUGAACUGUUAUUAUUUUUAAUAAUAAUCCUAAUCCUGAGAAGAUUCCUGACACAAGAUUCAAGCCAGAACAACAACCACGAGGAGCUAGUCAAGAUCAUGAGCUCACUAAGCUAUGCCUUCACAACCCAGCUGAAACUGAGCGACAAGCACAUCACCCACCUUCAAGAGGAGCUGACACGUGCUCAACGUCGCAUAGACAAGCUGGAAGUGAAAGUUCAAAAUCAACUCAAAGCACCCAGCGAGAGGGAGCAGGAUACAACAGAACAAGUUAUGAAGCUCCUAGCAGCCCUGGCAGCAGCUCAGCUCGACCAGCAACAUACAACAGCUGCUCAGAAAGACCUGGUAAACAGACUCCAGUAUGCCGAACAGCUACUAGAGAAAGCCAAGCUAGACAUCAGAAACAAGAACUCUGAAAUCAGUGCUUUGAAAGACCACCUUGAAAGGUACAGAACUGAAAUGGACAAUCUGACCCAACAACUAGAUGAUACCAACGAUGAGCUCUACAUGGUCAGAAAAGAACUCCAAAAUGCUUACAAGCACAAACAAGAGCCAAGGAAAGAGAAAACUCUCUUAGCCUCAUCACUGCUGAGCAGAGCAGAGUCCCACGUCCAAGAACUGGCAUAUGACGAAAGGAGCGAAGGGCCACAACCCAAAACCUCACCUGCCUUCGCCACACAACCCUUUCCUGCCAACGAAAGAAAACCUCCCGUCCAAGGCCUUGAAGCUGCACACGGGAUGACCAUCAAAGACCUCAACAAGCUGUCUAAAAACAUCAGCAGGUUCAACCCGAACUCCACAGAGAGCCCCGACAUCCAAGCUUACCUGCGAGAUAUCGAAUUCCAUCUGGAAGUGAGACCUCAUGUGACUGACAGAGACUGGUUAUACCUCCUUAGAGCCACGUCCAGUUCCGAGGUACGAAACUUUCUAGAUCGACAGCCCAUUCAAACAAAGUCAUACUACCAGCGACUUCGUGAGGUCCUGAUUAAAGAGUUUACAGACCCAGAGUCUGAACAGGGACUGUUAACUGCCUUGGAAACCAAACAAGGUCGUCAAGAGACUCCACAAGCUUAUUACAACCGACUCCGACAAGCCUACUUCGGUGCACACAACAGCCCUGACCUUGAAGAGGAUGUGAACUUCAAAACCCUCUUCCUAAAGAAUCUGCACCCUGGAGUCAGUCACCAUCUAGGUGUCAUGGCCUGUCCGAACUCCAUGACCAUCCAACAGUUGCGUGACCUAACACAGAAGGCCUAUAACAAGCAGAAGUUGGCCUCAAAGAAAGGUAACAAAACAUCCACACUCUUGAACUCUGUCAACAAAGACUCAAGCCUUGCACUGGACGACACCCAGUGGCAUCACAACACCAGAGUCUUCCAUCAAGAGCAUAGAGAACGUGACGCCCAUAUCCACGACCGCUUUCAGCCCAACUGCUGGAAAAAUUCAUGGGACCAGCCACGCUUCUCAAGAAACCAAAAGGAUAAGAACAUCUGGAAACCUAACCAGAUAUCCAAAGGUAAUCAGCUGACUCAUCCAAGAGCAACUUGUGUGGGUAAGCGACAACAAAACCCACCUCAGCACCACUCAGACAUGCACAGUGCUGAGUAUGCACAAGAACAUGACCGCUUACCAUUAGAAGACACGGAACAAGUCAUGGAACAACUAAGAGAGUUCCUUCAAGACAAUUUACAUGCAUAUGACCACAAAGUUGAGUCGUGCUCGCUGUGACCAGCGACAGAACGGAAGGCCGGUGAUCAUCUGGUCCACCACAUCAGAGAUGACAAGCACCUGUUCAACAACAACCCAGAACGAACAAGUCUUUCACGGCCAACUGUUGAUGAAAAAUCUGAGGUACUAAAGGACAUCACCUCAGUCACUAACAAACUGUCAAAUUAACUCCAAGUACCACAUUCCCUGUCUGUGCAACAGCAACCACCAGAGAACAGAAGGUCAGAAAGUCUGCUACAGCCAGAAGGCAUCACAAGAAGAAUGCAACACAGGAGACAAGUUUUGCAACUCAGCUUCACACAGCCAUGCCAAACUGCCUCCGACUGUCUGCCAAAGAACUUCCUGCCUUGCUGGACUGACCCCUCAUUAGACCAUGGACACGCCCUCAUCCAAGCCACGGAUGCAGAGAGCCAGUCUUCAGUGACAUGCUAGAAAAAGGGGGAGACAACACAGACUUGAACAGAUCUGACCACACAUGCACUACACCAGUAACACACAACAUUACCUACACCCAGAGGUAAACACAUCUACUGAUAACACAGUCAACAAACAUAUUCUUCCCACAGGUAGAAUAUCCAACUUUUAGCGUAACAAAGUUACACAUACCCACCAUGAAGAAACGUGCAGCCAUCCUCACAAUAGGUAGAACACCUGACACUAAGUUAAGGUUCACGACACACUAGCUGCACCUGACAUCCUAGCUCAAUAGUAGUUGUAACACAUGCUAGGAAAACCCACAGCAGCCUUGUUUUGUUUUGUUCUUCUUUUACCUAUCCUUCUCCUUCCCCUCUUUCCUGAGUAGGUGAAAUGCCUAGACACCCUGCGAGGGUCGAAGGUCUGAUAUUAGGAUUGACUCGCAACACCUAAUAUCCGCCAGCCACUCUAAACUGAAUGGAAGCCAGAGAGCUCCAUGCAUGAUGGGUCAAUUCAUUGAAUUGAAAAUGAAAUUACUAGAAAACUAAUGGUAAACAUGUAAAGUAAGACAACCUAGAAGAACCAAACAAAGUUAACCACAAAUUUGAUUGAUGAUUUAAAAUAAAAACAAUUUCCAAGAUGAUCUAAACUAUCCUCAAUGUGCUAAACUACAUUGACUAAUUGAACUUAACCACGUGUACCUAAAUAACCUGAUGCCUGCACCAGUACAGUAACUGUCAUGGAGGUGUUGUCUUGCUGUUUGCUGUGUUUGUCUGCUUCUUCUGCCUUUGUUUCUCCAGCGAUC